GAAAUUUCAAACUAGUAUAAAACUAGGAACUAGAUAUUUUGACACAAGCUACGCUGAACAUAAAAUUUUUCAUAACAACAAAAACAGCUGUCAGUUACAAUGACGCAGUAGCAUUUGCAGAAGAAAGGACAGACCAGUGUCAUACCUAUGAAAUUCCCACUAUUCUCUAUCUUCAAAACAGAAGAUGUCAGCUGACUCCCCAAGACGCUCAGGUGGUCGUAUGAAUCGCCAGGGCGGGGGAGCAGUCUCUGCAAAUGGUGGAGGCCUAGUAGUUGCACCACAACCUGUGACUGACCCGUCCAUCAUUGACAGUGUCACUGGCUUUAUCAAUGAUGUUGUACCUCAGGCUUACACAAGCACUCUACCUGGAGAUUGUAAGGAAACCAUAACAUGGGCUCGUUUUGAGUCAGCUGAUAUCAAUGACCCAGCCUUCUUCCCUGACUGCACAUCAGAUACAGUGCUGCCACUUAUUCUUAUUUUAGGUUACAAUACUGGUGUUCAGGUGUGGGCCAUCCCCGCAAAUGGGGAAGCAACUCAAGUCCUAUCUUGGAGCCAGGGUAGUGUUCGUACUCUUCGUAUUCUUCCAAGCCCCCUGUCUAACUUAGCCCGUAACUCUGAUCCUUAUGCAUCGAAGAGACCACUUGUAGCUAUUUGUGAUAGUGCAGGUCCUGGUCCUCCAUUUUGCUCUGUUUGUUUCAUUUCCCUUAAAACUGGUGACCAAGUAAAAAGUAUCAAAUUUAAUAAAAACCCCGUUUGUGAUGUGUAUGCAAAUCGUCGAUCUGUCAUUGUGACGUUUCCUGAAAGAAUUGCUGUGUUUGAUGCUUGUUCUCUGGAAGACCGACUCUUAAGUGUUACCACAUGCUAUCCAAGUCCUGGCCCCAAUGCUAAUCCAGUUGCACUUGGCUCGCGGUGGCUUGCUUAUGCCGAGAAAAAAUUGGUAGCCUGGCAGAGAAGCUCAGGUGGUGUAGGAGGUGGAGGCGCUCAGUCAUAUACAGCUACUGUCUUGCAAGCUGCCCAAACACUUGGGAGGGGUCUUCGUGGAUUGAGUGAGUCAGUGGCCAGCAGUUUGACGGGGCCCCGCAAUCAUGCUGGUGGCUCUAUGGGGCUCCUGGGCAGUUCUCCACCCACUGUGAAUGGUGUGGAUCAUAGUUCCCCUGGCAUUGUAACUGUGUUAGACCUGGAGGCCUCAUCAAACAAAAGCAAUGGCUUGGAUGAAGGGCACUCAGGCAAUUCUGUUGCAACCGAUGCAGUCAUUGCUCACUUCAUAGCCCACAAUGAGGCAAUUGUGGCUUUGGAGUUUGACCCCAGUGGGACUUUGUUGCUGACUGCUGAUAGACGUGGCCACGAUUUUCAUGUUUUCCGGCUCCAACCUCAUCCAAGUGGCUCUUCCUUAGCUGCAGUACACCAUCUCUAUGUUCUACAUAGAGGAGAUACAACAGCUAAAGUUCAAAAUGUGUCCUUCUCUUAUGACUCACGUUGGGUGGCUGUGAGUACAAUGCGUGGAACAACACAUGUCUUUCCACUUACUCCUUAUGGUGGGCCAGUGGGCUUCCGCACUCAUGGAUCACCACUUGUUGUAAAUCGAUUGAGCCGCUUCCAUCGCAGUGCUGGUCUCAGUGCUGAUGGUCGAAGUAGCCCAGUGCCAAGUCCAGAAUCUCCACCUUGCCUUCCUGCAGGACCACAUGCGAAUCCUCGUCUACCUCCUUACCCGCAUCCCACUGUACAAUCUCCUCUGUCUCAAUUGCGGCAGUCGCCCCAUCCCCCACUCCCCCCUGCUGGUGCUCUUGACAUUUCUCUCAAGGUUUGUGCCACCUUUGCCUCUCCUCGGGCGUGGCUUCUUGAUUCCCAAACCACUCAUCCCCGUGAUGGGCCAAGAGAUUCAAGCAAAGUCCUCCGGCGCCCUGUGGACUCGUUGUUUGUCAUGGCCCACCACGGCAAUCUAGUUCAGUAUGAUUUGGACCCCAAACCAGUUACAGCUGGUCCACGUGAGAAAAUCUGCGAUGAUACCCAGAUUGAGCUGGAAGUAGAGGCUAAGGCCCAGUGGCCACUUCAACGUUCCUCCCACUCUGCUGAGGUUCUGCCUCCUCUGUCUCCAUCAAACCUCCUUUUGUGUGGCCCAGAGCUCCGGAUGCCUUCGGUAGAGUCAGAAAAUAAUGGACAACUUGAAGAAAGGUGGCUUUCACAGGUGGAGAUUGUUACACAUGCUGGCCCUCAUCGGCGUCUGUGGAUGGGACCUCAAAUCACUUUCAAAACAUACACAAAUACCACUUCCGGGUCAAAUGUGCUGCUGCAAGAUGUUGAAGCUGUUGAAGUUGGAACGGUACCUGUGUCUCGACCAGCUCGUUCAAACCCUGUGAACAUGCCCUCUGGAGGCAGACCAAUUGUUCCAGUUUUGAUUGAGUCAGGAUCUGGAAGUAGCUAUGAGCAGUCACCCCACUUGUUGGAAGUGUAUGGAGCUGAUUCAGGGGAUGCUGAGCACUGGGGGGGCCAUGGAGACUCCAGGCUGCGAGAGGAUCUUGCUGAUGCUAUGCUUGAGAGCCCUGGAGCACCUUCACGAGAGAAAGGGAAAAGAAGAUACUGUGGUCUUGUAGGAGGAGAAGGAGGUGGUGGAGAUGGAGGAGGAGAAGGAGGCGGUGAAGGGCUGGGGGAGGGAAGGGGGAGAGGUAGGGUCAGCCCAAGGGCUAGUCCUAUCCGGCGAGUGGUGAACCCUGGUGGGGCUGAGAUCACGGUCAAGUCCAGUGCUGAGACAGGCCUCCAUCUCAUUGAGGAGGCCGACUCGAGUCUGGACCUCAGUCAAAGCCUUGGCCAAUCUGGCCAAAGCCUCGGCCUGGCAGAAUCCCACUGGGAAGCAAUUGCAAUCCCUGCCUCUGCGCCCCUGAUCCCCGUCCCCCUGGACCCCCUGGACCCCCUGGACUCCGAUUCCCACGACCCAAGGGUUCCCUCCCAGAUGACGCGACAACUCGUCACCACCAUUGCUGCCUCCAGACUGCAGAGGCUGCCUGUUGAGUUGGCUCAGAACCCGCAGCCACUCAAACCACCAAAGUCAUCCAAGCCAACUCAGGAAACUCCACCAAUGCAAGCUCAUCCAUUGAAAUCAGCUAAGCCAACAGCAGACAAGGUACAAGAGCCUCCUGAGGUUCUAAAAGAAAAUGUAGUCUCAGAAGUGAAACUUGGAUUUGCUGAUGUAGGUCCCAAAGGUGUAGGGGAGGAAUCUGUUGCUGAGAAAGAACCAGGAGGUAGGAGGAAAAGUAAAAUUAAGGGUGGAGUUGGGGUUAGUUACAAAAAAGGGGGCACUCCUGAGAGGGAGAUGCAGUGCCAGAAAGAAGGCAGUGCAGAAAAGGAUGUUGAAACUGACAAGGUCACCAAUAAUUCAGAAUCACUUCCAACUCGGAAAAAGGUCAAAAGGGGGAAGGAAUUAGUGAAGGAAGUGGAACCAUUGUCCUUUAGUGAAACUAACAAUGAACUAGUAAAUUCAAAUCAGACAGAAGAGACUUUAUCUCUCAAUACUAAUUCCCACAAAUCUGAUGAAACGUCCAAAAGUUUGGAAGCAGUUGAAGUGGCAGAAGUGGUUGAAACGGCUCUAGACCAAAAGGCGAAAAACACAGAAUUUCUUCAAGAAUAUUCUCCAAAUGAAAUUGUUAAAAUUUUACCUAAAGCAGCUAACAGAAAGUCACCAUCCCCACAGAAAGAAAUACCUGAAACUAAGAAUACAGAGAGGUUGUUGGUGUCACCUGAAAUGGUCCCUGGUGAUGAAGUGCCCAUGUUAACAUCAUCAAAGAAGACUAAAAAGAAGUCCUUGAGGGAAAGUUUGAAAAAUGAUAUAAUUGAUGUGGAACUUAUUGUAGGUAAAGAUCAUAACUUCACAAGUCAGAAAGAAACUUCUGACUGUAUUUCUGUAGUAUCUUCGGUUUUGCAGGAUGUCAUUCAAGUUGAUGUAGAUGCAGGGGAAGGAGUUUCACAAUCAACCUUUGAUGCUAAUAAGGAGACCAAGGUAGAAGCAGUAAUUGAUGUAGAAGUAAAAAAUUCUGGUAGAAAAAAAGAUUUUACCUCCGAUAAGCAAGGUAGCAGUGAUCAAACUGUUUCUACCAUUGAAUCUUCAAAACCUGUAUCACAAACAUCUUCUAAGAUCAGUAAAAAGUUGUCAAAAUCUAGGCAAAACUCUCGUGAGGAAUCACCAACCAAAGACCCAUGCAAGCAUGAGGGUCAUGUUAGUGAAGUAAUCAGUGAUGUGCCAUCUAAAGGUUCUAAAAAAGCUACAAAGAUGGAGAAAGCAGAGCAAGAAAUGCCUGCUGACCCAUGCUUUGUUUCAGAGAGUAAAGAAACAGCUGCUCCUGGAAAGACUAAGAGAGGCUGUAAGUCCAAAGACAGUGAAAACACUGUCAGUAAAUCUGAACUUGUUGAAGCGCAGCAGGGUGAGGAAGAAAACUCUGUGUACAGUUACAUAUCCUGUGCAAUUGAAGAUAAAGAAAGUGAACCUAGUUUUCAAGUAGAAGUCCAAGAGGAUUCCUUUGACCUGGCACCUGUACUUGAUGACUCCCCUGUUCAAGUGCCAGUUAGAAGUGGCAAGAAAAGCUCAAAACUCUCCAAAGUGAAGCCUGAUGACCCUGAAAACAAGAAUACCAAACCAUUGGCUGAAAUUGUCAAAAGUGUCUCUGCUUCUGAAACUACUGUUUCCAAUGUUUGGAGUAAUCAAAGCAACAUUGAUCAUGUAGAUGAUUCGGAUAUGUUCCCAGCACUGCCAAGCAAAGCCUCAAAGAAAGGAUGGAUUAAUAUAUCUGAUGAUUCUUCAAAGAUUGAUGAUAAAUGUCCAGUAAAGAUUAAGUCUGAUAAAGGCACCAAAGGUCUGAGUAACCCAGCAGGAGAAGUUGUAGAAGUUUCAAAGCCUAAAAGAGGUUGGGAAGUACCCAGCUCUAUCAACUCUCAUGAAAUGGACAUUGAAAAGCUCACAUUUGAGGACUUGGAAGCAAUAGUAGAUGCUGCAUGCAAAGAAGAAGAAACAAAGACGGAAGAAAAUUGCCUGAAAGAAAACAAAAAGGGGAAAAAGAAUGAUCCCAGUAGUGUUUCUAGUUCUCCAAAGACCAAAGGGAAAGAAAAUGUUGUAGAGGAAAUUAUUGGUGGAGGAGAAGAUACCGUUGAAAUCAUUGAAGUACCAAAGCCAGCAGAAGAGCCUGUCAAAGUUCCUGAAAAACCACUUUCCAUCCCUAACAGAAGUUCAAAAGCUCAUAGAAAGAAAAGGCGGUAGUUGUUAUUAUAUUCCUCCUGUACAGUUUAUCUCAUCAAUUUGCCCCUUUAUUCAAUCUUUUUUAUUGACACUUUGAGCAGUUACAAUAAAAGUCAGCAUCUUCUGCACUGCCUCUUUUGGGUGAAAUAAAAAUAUAUCAGUCUAUUGCAAAUGCACAAUGCCCUAUAAAUGUGUCUACUAGAUUGUUUGAAGUGGCCCCUUUCCUUUAUUUCUUUUAAAUGGAUUUUAAUGAAACGGUUUUUGUUGUAGUGUUAGUAGUAAGAUAUGAAUGACUAUCAUAGAGAGCUUAAGUAGAGUCAGUUCUAUUGACCACUAUUUCACAAUCUGCUUAGUGUCCUCCCAUUUUCUUUUUUUGAAGAAACCAACUUUGAAUAUAGAUGGUCUUAGUUUUGUGUCUUGGGUCAAGAGUUCUAGGUGUGGCCUCUGUAUCAUCAUGUGCAGAAAUAGAAUAAAUUUUUCUGCCCUCAAUAAUUCUGGAAUAAAGCGUUAAGUGCUCAUUUUAAUUGGGACCUCAUAUCAAAGAGUUUUCUUAGGAUUUUAUGACUUUACAAUUCUUACCUUUUUGCUUUACCUUUAUGUAUGGUAACGUUUUUUUAAAUUAGAGAUUCUUCUCUGACCAUGUGAUUCUUUUCUUCUUUCCUUGUUCGUAUUUUGAAACAAAAUUUGAUCAAGAUCUCAUGCAUGUUCUUGUGCAUCGCUUGUAGGUAAUUGAUUCAGUAAAGGUGGACUGCGUUUGGUUUAUCCCCAUUGUUGUAACAGGGUUGUAGGCAUAAGCAGAACAAUGGUUAUGACGUGAAACCAUUCUAUUCUUGUGACUUCUUGGAUGAAGUUUAGAGAGACCAGAGGGAUCAGUGUUUGAUUAGAACAAAGACUGGGUAGGCGAAAAUGUACGUCAGUAAGGGUAAAAAUUGAGAUGCUUAAGGUCAAUGGUUCUUUCAAGCCAUUUUAUGUCAGACUCUUGAUUGAUUGCUCUUCACUACUUUUUCAUGGACUGUAUAAUUCCUCUUAAUCAUGCUUUGUGAGAUAAUUUUGUGUAGAUUUUAAUGCUAAAUCCCAGAAAAAUAAUCUUAUCAGAAAGAAGAAAAAAGUUUAUUUUCUUAAUUAUAGUAUUAUAGCUGUACUGAAGCAUUUUGCUUUUGUGUAUUUGUGUUCAUGUUUUAUUCUAUUUAUUCUGUUAAAUGUUUUGUAAAUAUCUCUAUGAAUUUCAAGGAACUUUCAUUGCAACCUGCAUUUUGUAUGGUCUGCAGUGGUUAGGGCAUGUCUGUUUAACAUGUCUCUCAGAUCUUCUGUGUCUGUUUUUCUGAAUGUCCUACCAGUAUUUUCUAACUUGGAGUUAACAUUUCAUUCUAUGCGACUCAUCUAGGAGGACAAAUCAGAAGGGAGGAAAUGAGUUUGUUUGCCUCAGUAGCGUUUUUGGAAACUUGUGGGAGAAUAGGGGGAGGGGGGAAUCAAAUCAAAUUUGUUUUUGCCAACAGUUGGACGGAUUGUGUCACUGGUUGCCUUCCUUCUGGGCAGCUGGGUCUUAAAUAGGAUACGAAGGUCAAGGUCAUGGCGCGACACACACCACAGGUUCGCCAAGAUUUGUUGAAGUUACUCAAAAGCUUAAGUGUUAAGAAUUUCCACCUUGUGUUCAAUCUCAGAAAAUUACUGACAAGACACUUUCAAGGGCAUUAAGUGCACAGUAUUAAAAACAAAGGAAUAUUCUUCAUGCCACAGAGUUGCUUUCCAUGAAAGCAGUUGGCAACUUUCAUCUCCACAAGUUUUGUGGCUGUACAUUUUAAUCAAAUAGAAUUUGUAUACCUUUAUUGAUUUUGAUGGUAGUGCUAAGUACAGUGCUAUGAUAUCAUCUCUGUAUGGUUUUUGCCAUCUGUUUAGGAAAAUAGGAUUACACUUGUCCAUCAAUUUGAUCAGCUGUUUCUUUCUGUUGCUGCAUUUCAUAAAACACAAAAAUACAUUGUAUGUAUCUUCAUUGGUUGCAUAGCUAGAAACUAUGUAGGGUGGAAUAGGGGUGUUAAUGUUUGUGUUUUACAGAAGUGUUGUAAUGGUAACUAAUUUUUCUGGUUAGCUCUGCAAUAUUUUUAUGAUGAAAGUAAAAAAAAAAUCAAGUGUGUUUGCAUUGCAACCAUUAGUGUAUACUGUGUGCGACUAUAUUAUAAUUUAUUUUCAGUCAUUGGAGAUUUGUUGAUUGUAUAAUGAAUGAGCAGUCUUCAGGUAGGAAGAUUUUUCUUUCAGACUGUGUUUAGCCAAAGAAAUGUAAAAGCUAAGAAAAAAAUAUUAAAAUCUCAAAAGCCAAUAAACAUGCAUGCUCUCAUGUUCUAUUUAUCAUGAUAUACUGGUAUAUUGGGGUUUCUCAUUAUUUGUUUUGGUGCACUAACUUAUUUCUAUGAUAUUAUUGUGCAACAUGCCAUUUUCUACUUAUUAUUUUACUUGGUAAUGCUGGUGUGAGAAUAUUGUAGGAAAGGAAUAACACUAUCCUACCAAAAACAAAAACAAAAAUGUAUUUGGUAUGCCAUACCUAUAAGAUUACCAUUAGCUUGUCAUUGAGUGUGUUUACUUUUCUGUUCUUUGCUGUUUUGGGCAUGCUUCGUUGUUGCAGGAUAAAGUCAUAACUCUGAAAAGAGCGUACAAAAAAAAUCUAUUUUGCUUGGCUUAUGAUGAUUUUAAUGUUUUAGAAAUCUGCCUUUAUGCCAAUUACAUAUUAGACAGUGGAGUUGAAAUAGUGCCAACAACAAGGCUGUUUCAAUUCUGUUUUUGUUCUUUGUGAAAUUGGCAUAAGUUUUAUUUAAGUUCCUGAAUUUUGUUGUGUCAUGGUUGUGUUCAACUUACACUUUCUUCAAAGUGAAAAGUGCUUAUUUUAUGAGCUGAGCAAAAUGCAAAGCCAAAAGAAAACAAAAAAAUAAACCUGUGAGAACUAGUUACGUCAUGCAUGUCGAUGAACGGAAUACAAAGAAUGCAAGGUAUAAGAUCUAAUGUAUCGUGAGAAUGUGAUAAGUGGUGAUAAGUUCCUGCUGCGCUGUCAGACAGGCUUGUGAAUAACACCUGAACACAACCACUGGUGUUUCUUGGUGCAUUGCUGUUCACACUUUGUGUGAUUAUCUUGUAUUUUUGCUCAUCGACUAUGAACUUUGAGAGCUCUUUUUGAGUUCAUUCAUCCAGUAUUUUUUACAAAGAGGAAAUUUAUUUCCUGGUAAGACUCUGGAAUUAUAACUUCAUUGUCUGUCACAUUUAGCACUUAGGUUUGGAUCACCAAGAUGAGAUUUCAAUGUAACUUUUGAAAUUAUUUUCAUGUAUCUGGGUAAAUUUUGUCAGACUUGCUUAAUUUAAUUAACUCUAUGCAAUAAAGGUUUUAGUGUUGUACCUCAUUUUAGGUGUUAGUAUGUCUGUAAUACUUAGCAAAGUAAACAUUUAGAAAACAAUAGUUCAAGAUGACACCUAGAACCUGGUGACAUAUGCCACCACUGCUCUUUGAAUUGAAUUCUAUUAUAGUAUAAUUUUUCAAACAAAGAAACAAACUCUAAUGUCCUUUUUGAGCUGUUCUGUUAGGCCUACGUUGUUUCCUUUCACCCUUGUGUUUACUUCAAAACCUGGCUGGGUAUGAACAGUAUGUACCAUGUCUUAUGGGAGGUACUAGAGAACAUCACUGUCGUCAUAAGAGGAGGGUGCCCUUUGCCCCUCUCUCAUACUGUCAUAGUGAGCAUUGAUAUUUCAACAUUAUACUGUAUUAUUGUUAAUAAGGAACUUUGGCACAGUUAUCUCCAGUUUGUGGCAACUUUAUAGGCACAUGAUCCACCCACUCCUAUAUCAGCCUGUAUUUUUUUUUCUUCUGGCAUAAGCGAAAUUUGUGUAAACAGAAUUUUUGAUGAAACAUUGCCAAAAUGAUUCAGAUGUGUCUGCAUAUUGACAUUCUUGUAUUUGUGAACCUGGAUUUGUGUUGUACACUAUAUGCAAAUACAUUUAUUUUUAUAUUCAAA